GGGACACAGCUAGAGCGGAUGCUCAGAGGCUGCCUCUCUCUGGAAGGAUGCGGACGGUGAAAGAAGAGAUUCCACUACAGUUGAUUAAGGAGCACUCCGCAUGUGCCUGUAAAUGCAAAGGGGCAAAUGAAUUCUGUGUCAGUGGCAGCAGCUCCUCAAGGAACAGCGGUGAUAUUUCAAAGGUGGAAUUGAAAGAGCUGUAAAUCUAUUUCCUGACUCCAGCUUGACUGUCAUUUCUGAAUCACUGGACUGUUGCUAUCAAAGUGUGGAGCAGGGAGGGAGAGUCAGCGGAGUUCCCUCCUCAAGCCAAAUUCACAGAGUUGUUGGAGGGGAUCAACAUGAGCAGCAUCAUGGGUGGAUUUAAGUCGUUCUUUUGAGAUAUUUAUAUACUCUUGCUUGGGUUGCUCAGAUGUGUCCUGUCAUGUCCUGGCUGCUCUGCCUGUGCCUCUGGGUCAGUGUGACUGCCAUUCAGCUAUGUCAGGCCACUUUCUAUGACACCAUCCAGCAGCAUCAUGGGACAAGGCCAGGACGAACCACCAUUCACAUGAUUGUUUGCUGUCUUUUUUUCUUAUCAGAGGGGGGAACAUGUGAAGUAAUUGCUGCUCACAGAUGCUGUAAUAAGAAUCGUAUUGAGGAGCGCUCACAGACAGUCAAGUGUUCUUGUCUGCCGGGCAAGGUGGCAGGAACCACCAGAAACAGGCCUUCAUGCGUUGACGCGUCCAUAGUAAUUGGGAAGUGGUGGUGUGAGAUGGAGCCUUGCCUGGAGGGAGAGGAAUGCAAGACGCUCCCUGACAACUCAGGCUGGAUGUGCUAUGCCGGGAACAAGAUCAAAACCACUAGGAACACUCAGCCAUACACAACAUCGACAUAUUAACACUUUGAGGACAAGAAGCAAGGGAACAACUCUGGCGUAAGGGUUAACUCGCAGCACAGUCACAGGACCAAUUCUAACAAAGACAUUCGACUUACGUUGCUUUCAGAAGUGUGAAUACUUCUCAGAUUAAAGUGUGAAAAGAUGUAGAAUACAUGAAGUACAUCCUGCUCAAGGCUAUUGAAAAUACCGACGCUCCGAGCUGCCUGUGGGGAACAUCAUCAUAACCUUGUGAUGGAUAUAUUUUCAUCUCUCUCUUUUUUUUUUCUUUUUUUUUUUUUUUUU